CAAGAAGUGGUAACAUCCUCAUAAAUCUUUUGUGCACUGUUUCUGGGUUUAUGGCAUUUUUCAUACAGCAGGGUGACCAAAAUGAACACAAUACUCCAAGUCCAGACUCACCAAUGCCUUGUAUAACUGAUAUAGGUUUUAUGGACUAAGUUGCGUGCAGUAUCAUCAUGUAAAUCACCCUGUAAAUCACUAAAGACUGUCAGCACAUUGAAGGUUCUGAUAAAUUUCAUCAUCACUGUCUAUGUUUCCUGAGUUUAAGAUCCAAGCUGUUGCCAAUACUUCCACUGAAACAAACAAGAGGAUAGCCUUUACACUCAACAUGUGCAAGUCAAAGGUGAUCAUCUAACCUGCCCCUUUGGUACUACACAUUCCUUUCUCACAAUAAAGGUUUGUGGUGAAACCCUAGAAACCAUGGCUCACAUUCUAUAUCUAGAGAUCACCUCUCAGUGAACACAGACAUUGAUGAUGAAAUUCACCAUCUUUUUCAGUACACCAGCACAGCCUUUGGUCAAUUGUGGGAAAGGGUAUUUGAAGCUCAAGAUUCCAGGAAAGGCGCAAAAAUUCAUGAUCCACUGGGCAGCAGUGAUUCCUGCCCUUCUAUAUGCUUCUGUGAUGUGGAGUACCACCUCACAAAUAGCCCAUCCACUUGCCUAUCAUCUACCACCUACUUAUCUAUAGAACAGUCAGUAGUUUCCACAUUUGCCUCAUCAGCCACUUCCACAAAACCCCACAAACCUGAAGUGGAAACAAAUCAUCCUCAGCCCUGACGGGCUUUCUUAGGAUAAUUGCUUGGAUAGGUAAGGUAUAGAGGUAUAUGGACAGGUGGGGUUAGUCUUGGUCGGCAUGGGCAAAUAGGGCUACAAAGCCCGUUUCCAUGUUGUAUGACUGACAAGAACACUGUUGUUCAUUUAAGAUUAAAGUUUCUUAUUAGAAGUCAUUGACCUGAAAUUGAACUAUUUCUACAAAUACUGUCUGGACUGUAAAUGUUUCCAGAUAUUUCAUAUUUUGCUUAGAAACAUUAAAGCUACCUUAGUUAACAUUGUAGCUACAAGACGUACAGGUCUGUAGGUUGAUUGGCAAGUAUAAGUGUAAAUUGUCCAGAGUGUGUUUGGAGGAUAGUGUUAAAGUACGGGGAUCGCUGGUUGGUGCAGACUCGGUGGGUCGAAGGGCCUGUUUCCGCGCUGUAUCUCUAAACUAAACUAAAACAUAGGAACUCAGUGCUCCUUUAGAUUUCAGUCUUAAUCACACGCUUUGUAUGUCUGUGACAGGAAGUUAGUGGUUAUUCUCUGCUUCCGUCCAAGUCUAAAGAUGGUCCAGUUAAACCGCCAGUUAAGUUUCCUGGUGUUCCAUCAAAUUUGAACAUAUUGAAACUAACGUGUACAGAGCCCUAAAAUAUUUUAAAAAAACAUUAAAGUUAUUAACUAACUAAAUCACAAUCGUUGAUGUUUGAUAAUGUCAUGAUUAACCUUUCAACAGACAACCGAAAGAGUUCCAUUUAACUUUUAAAUAGAUUUAAUAUUAGUUACUAUGCUCCUAGCACCAGUAUCUUGUGCCAUUCUCCAUAGAAAGCAUGUUGCCAAAAGAGAUUUGCAUUUGAAGAAUUGAAAGAAUCCUAUAUUUAGAUUUAUUUUAGAAUGCAACAUGGAAAUAGGUCUUUCCGCUCGUCGAAUGGACGCCAAACAUCGAUCACACUCGUUCUUUUAUCCAUUCACUUACUCAUCCACUCCUUACAUACUAGGGACCAAAGAUGUUAUAGCGGAGCCAUAAGAUCAUUGCUAGGGACAAUUUACAUGGGCCAAUUAACCUACAAAUCCCCAGUACCUGGAGGAAACCCACAUGGUCACAGUGGCUCAUGCAAACUCCACACUGACAGACCCUACGGCGGGCUCGAACGUAGGUCUUUGGCGCCGAGGCAGCAGCUCCACGCUCAUGUUAAUUUUAAUGUAACUUUGGUUGAUAUGUUCAGUAACUAUUAUAUUAGCAAUUAGAUUAAUCCGUUGCCAUCCCCAGGAAUUUAAUCCGUUCCCUUCGUAUCGUCAUUUCAAGUCACGUUAUCACGACCACAACGCAGACAGCAUUCCGUACAUGCGCCUUGGAGAUAGAAGCUAAAUCUGAGCAAGUGACAAUUCUCACGUUUACUCUUCACUUCACUUUGAAUUGUUCAUUAGCAUCCGUCAUAAAGAAAAAAUGACUGAGUUCGCCGCUGAACCUGUUCCUAUGGACGUAGACAAAAACUCGGAAAAGAUUGACAUGUCUUUGGAUGAAAUUAUUAAACUCAAUAAAAAGGAAAACAUCUCUGCAAUGAUUGCAGUUAACAGGACAAGAGAACAACAGAAAAGACAAUGGAAUUUGCACCCUCACAUCCCACAAAUUCAGCCAUCACAAAGAAUGCAACAGAAUAUACAGGGAUCUAGUCGACCACCGGGAAAUGCCUUUGGAUCACGAGGAUAUGGGAGAAUUAAUCAACGCUGGCAAACACAGGCUAGAUAUCCCAGAAUUAGACCAGAUGGAAGAGAACCAACCAUAGCAGUCAAACAACAGAUUGCACCCAUUCGGAAAGGAACUCCAAGGAUCAUAUGGGGAAGAGCACAGCAAACCAAGAAGAGUUUCAGGCCUACACGACAGGGGCUUCCUCAACUGCUGAAAAGAAGGAUUAUGUUCCAAAAUAAAGUUUCAAACCAGCAGAAGAGACAACUAAUACAAAAUCAACAAAGACAAACCAAGGUGAACAUUAAAAGAGGGUUUCUGCAAAUGGGUUUGGAAGCUGCACAGAAGAAACAAUGGACUCAAGUGUGGCAGCAACGAUCAACUACCAGCUCAAUUUUAACAAUAUCUCUACCCAAUCCACUGGCCAACCAUCCACCAGUUCAAAGACCAAGAAUUCAACAGUCUACAGCUGGAAGAAAACGAAUGGGAACAAAAGUAGUGAGAAAACAGCCAAAAGGAGUUUACCUUGGAUUCAACUUGAAGAGUAUUGCCAAUCAGACAUGUGUGACCCUGAAUGAUCGAUUUUCCUCUAUAAAGAUACGUCCCCAUCCUGCAACACCAAGAAGAGGAGGCAGAACUGUUACUAUGGGCUGAUAUUUGCCCUUGUUGCUUUAUAUUUAGUUUUCAGAGUAGAGUAUAAGGAAUAGGUUUUAUUUAUUAUUGUUGAAGAAUAAGGGGUAAGCCAUUUAGAACAGAGAUGAGAAAAAAAAAUUCACACAGAGGGUUGUGAAUCUGUGGUUAUCUCUGCCUCAGAAGGCAGUGGAGGCCAUUUUUCUGUAUGCUUUCAAGGGAGAGUUGGAUAGAGCUCUUAAAGAUAGCGGAGUCAGGGGAUAUGGGGAGAAGGUAGGAACGGGGUACUCAGUGUGGAUGAUCAGCCAUGAUCACAGUGAAUGGCGGUGUUGGCUCGAAGGGUCGAAUGGCCAACUACACCUAUUGUUAAUGCUUUCAAAUUAUCUAUUUAAAAUGCAAACAUGGUGUAUCUAAUAUAGUACACACUGGAAAUCUCAUGCUCUCAGCACAAAAUGUUUUCAUUAAAUGAUGCAAGUACCUAUUCUAUCCCCAUUAAUUAAAAUGUAAUUUUCCCCCCAAGAGAAAUGUGACACUACCAUUUGCUCAAAUGAACCAAUCCAUUAAAGCAAGAUAAAACAAUUUAAAUUAAUCAAAUAACACCCUUUUUUUUUAAAGCAAUUUAAAUAAAUAGUUAAUUUAAAUUGAAUUAAGAGGAAUAAAUUAUACAUUGAAAUUAAAGAUAAUGAGUGUGGUUCUGCAUUUGUAUCUGUCAGAAUGAUCCAUAGAACUGGGGCGGGUGAGGUCUUUUGCUCAUGGCAAGUGAGCAUUCAGUUACACAAUCAUUUUAGAUCCAAAUGAUUCAGAGUGCAUACAUUCAGAAAUUAUCUGGCACAAAUUGAGAUUUUUGGAGCCAUUUUAAACAGCUGAUGCACACCAAAAUGUUAGUGAUCAAGCUAUCACUGACGAGAGUAGGAUGCAGGAUCAUUGAAUAGAGUUGUAGAAUUGUUACUACACAGCAGGCCAUUAAGUUGAUCAUGUGUGUACCAGUAAACCAUCAAAGCUAUUCUAUGAUGCACUCUGACUGGUUGCAUCAUGGCCUGGUACUGCAAUUCCAAUGACAGGCAUGCAAGAGGAUGCUGUGAUAGACUGAGCCCAGUCCAUCAUCGGCACAGCCUCCCCACCAUCUAAGGCAUUUAUAUGAGGCCUCAUGAAAGCGGCAUCUAUCAUCAAGGAUCCCCAGCAUCUGGCCAUGCCCACUUCGUACUGCUACCAUUUGGAAGGAUGUACAGAAGCAUGAAGUCCCACACCACCAGAUUUAGGAACAGCCACACACAAAGAACCAUCAGAUUCCUACUCUGUUAUACACAAUCCUAACCCUACCUCAGCAAUAGAUACCUAUACUGAACCACUAUCAUGGACUUGUUUAUAUUGUGUUUUAGCACAAAUGCCUUGAGUUUGCACAGUUUUUUUUUCUUUUCAUUACCUUGUGUAAUUUGUGUCUAAUUAUGUUCUGUGUGUUGGCUGAGUACACAUGCUGUGGUGCUGCUGCAAAAAAACCUUUUCAUUGUGCCUGUACAUCACCGUACUGAUUCAUGUGGCAAUAAACUCAUUUAGACUCCUGGUUUCUGCCUGGCCACUUCUCUGUAGUCUUGUUUUUUUUUUCCUCAUCAUAUAUUUCUCCAAUUCUUGAAGGCCUGCUUCCAUCAUACCUGCAUUUAAAAUUUCAACUACAUAUUGCUUAAGAAGUUUUUUCCUCCUGUCACUAUUGAUACUAGUUCCCUUUAUCUUAGACCUGUGAUGUCCUCGAAUCUACAUCAAAGGGAAAGCCACCAUCCACUCUGUCCAGACCACUCAUUAUCACCUCCAAAAGAAACACAGCUACUGUCAGGCAGGAAGUACAGAAGCUUGAAGUCUCACGUCACCAGGUUCAGGAACAGCUACAACCAUCUGGUUCAUAAUAUGGCUUGCAUAACCCUAACCCCAUUCUUGUAAAUAUAUUCUUGUAAAUGUAAUCCUUCAACAACUUUUGCAAAUAUUUUCUAGACCCUCAAAUGCCUUCACAUCCCAGCAGUAACACGGUGACCAGAUAAUAAACUAUUUCCUAUAAUAAAUAGUGCUCCUCCAGGCCACAAACUGUAGCCACUGUGUGCUAAUGGUGGAGAGAAUGAAUGUGGUGCUAAUCCAGUGGGCUGUUAUGUUCUGGAUAGGGAUAAGCUUUUAUGAGUUGUUGGAACUGCCCUCAUCAUGCAAUUGGACUUCUCCCAUAAUUGUCUACUGUAGGUGGUUGGAAGGCAUUGGGGCAUCAGGAGGUGAGUCACACACCACAGAAUAUCCAGCAGAAAAAAACACAAUGUUACUGGAGUAAAUCAGCAGGAUAAUCAGCAUCACUGUAGGACGUGAAUAGGUUACAUGUCGGGUCGGGUCAAGACCUGUCGUGGUUUUAAGACUCAAAGUUGGAUAAGAUGACACAGACACGGAGAAUUCUGCAAGAAGACGAAAGCCUUUAUUUGCAAAUAUUCAGCUGGAACAUUCAGAGACAACACCACCUGUCCAUUCUCCAAUUGCUCUCCGAUUCACAGAACCAAGCAGCUUUUUAUCACAGUUUUUCAACCCUAAUCUCUGCUACAUUAUCUUUCAUGCUGUACUCCUCUUGCAUCAAUCUGUCUUUGAUUCUAGUAUUCUCUGUCUCGCCACCAUUAACUUCCGACCUUGGUUCAGUCUUUACAUUUCCCCUCAUAUCUCUUCCUCUUUCGGCCGCCCUCAAAUUCCAAACUGUUACUUUUAAUCUCCCAGCUAUGUUUUUAGCUAAAGCCAAGGUUACACACACCAUUUUAUGUUUAAUACAAGGAUAUAAAUGUAGUUAUUAAGAAUACAAAAUAAUAAAAUAAGUAACUUGUUUAGUGCCUUGAUUACUAGAUAAAUGAUUUAAUUAAGUGCUGCUAAAUGGCUAAUAAUCACACGAGUCUGAGUACAAUAAACUGAUGUCUGAUUACAUAAAUUGCUGACAUCUGCUGGCUAUGAUAAAUGUUUUAAUUAAGUGUUCUAUAACUUCCAUAGACUCUUCAUACUGUCCCAACACAAAACAUCACUCCAUGAUCUCCAGAGAUGCUUCUUGACAAUGUGAAGAGACAGCAGCGGCAGCUAAACCGCGCCAGCGUACACUCUCCCUUCCGACAGCCAUCUUGGACACAAACUAAAAUAAUCAUUUACACACAAAAAAUCAUCCUUCCCCCCCCCCACAAUGGUUAGCACUGUGGGGGAAGGCACAAUGUCCAGUCCCCAUCCUCAUCUUCUGAUUCAUCCCAUCCUUGACACAGCACAGGCCCUGUCCGUGGCACCCAAAACA